UGUUCAAGAAACCUCUUGCUGCGACCAUUGCUGUUUUCGCUUGGUGGUCAACGAUUUCGCUUGUUGCAGAGCACGGCCACUAUGAUGUUGAAUGACGCUAGAAUCGUGCGUUCACCUUUUCCCGAUAUUUCAAUUCCUGAUAAUAUUUCUUUUCACAAUUAUAUCUACCGUCGAUUCAAGCAAUACGGUGACAGGACAGCUAUUGUAGAUGGACUAACAGGCCGCGCUUAUUCAUUCCGACAGCUCGACAGUUUGACCAACAAUAUUGCAUCUGCUCUCAUUCGUCGCGGACUGCAGAAGGGCGACGUCGUCUGUUUGUUUCUUCCCAAUCUGCCCGAAUAUCCUCUCGCGUUGUUUGGCAGUCUGGUUGCUGGGGGAACGGUCACCACUGCCAAUCCAGUUUACAAUGAAAGAGAACUGACCCAUCAGUUGAAAGAUGCGAAUGCAAAAUUUGUUGUUACGACUUCACAGUUUGCAGAUCUGGCUGGAGAGGCCGCUCGACGAUCAGGAACAGUUGAUGAAAUUUUUGUUAUUGGAAAUAGUCGGUCAGAUGUUCCUGCAGGCUGCACUGGGUUUGGGGAGCUGAUGAAUGACGAUGGCACGGCUCUACCAUCUUCUCUCACCAUAUUACCCAAAAAAGAUGUUGCAGUGUUGCCAUACUCUAGUGGGACUACCGGGUUGUCGAAGGGAGUCAUGUUGUCUCACUAUAAUCUUGUCUCUAAUGUCUGUCAGGUUGCGUCCUCUACGUUGCUUCUCAAAGCGAGAACAGAAGACAAAGUAGCUCUUGCAGUUCUUCCUUUCUUCCAUAUUUAUGGACUUGCUAGUAUUCUUUCUCGAGACUUGGAGCAAGGAACCAAGAUUGUCACUCUGCCCAAGUUUGAGCCAGAACACUUUCUGAAGCAACUUGAAGUCAAUGCCAUUGCAAGAGCUCUUAUUGCCCCUCCAGUUGUUCUCUUCAUGGCUAAACAUCCAAUGAUUGACAAUUAUGAUCUUUCUAGUCUUACUGACAUUUUGAGUGGAGCUGCCCCGUUGAGUGGGGAAAUUACAGAAGCACUGAGGAAUCGUUUGGGUAUUGAGGUUAUUAGGCAGGGAUAUGGUCUAACCGAGACAAGUCCUGUUACUCACUUAUCACCAAUAGAAGGUUGGAAACCUGGUUCUAUUGGUUUUCCUUUACCAAACACAGAGUGUAAGGUAGUUGAUAUUGAAUCUGGUAGUCGUGCUGUUGGAGUGAAUGAAACAGGACAGUUGUGUGUUAGAGGUCCACAGGUGAUGAUGGGAUAUUUAAACAAUCCGACAGCCACACGGGAUUGUAUUGAUGAAGACAAUUGGUUUCACACUGGAGAUAUCGGACACUAUGAUUCAGAUUUUCAUUUCUAUGUCACCGAUCGCUUAAAGGAGCUUAUCAAAGUGAAAGGAUUUCAGGUUGCUCCUGCUGAGCUGGAAGCUCUUCUCAUUGAACACGCAGACAUUACAGAUGCCGCUGUUAUUGGAGUUCCUGACGAGCGAGCUGGUGAGGUUCCUAGAGCAUUCGUUGUGCCAAGAGAAGGCUCUGACUUGAGCACAGAAUCAGUUGUGAAUUAUGUCAAAAGUCAGGUUGCUGGUUACAAAGAACUAAAAGGUGGAGUACAGUUUAUUGAUGUCAUUCCCAAGUCAGCAAGCGGGAAAAUAUUACGACGAGUUCUCAGAGAUGAAGAAAAACAUGAGAAAUGAUUUUGUAAUGCUUUUGUUGCUAUUAUCGGUUGUUUGUAUUUAUUUUUACAUGACAAGCUGGGUAUUUGUGUGCCUAUGGAUGUUUAUGAAAAUGCCACUCACUAUACAUUUUGAUAUAGUCUCUAUGUGCCAAAAC